AGUUUUCAGCUUAACCGCUGUCGUUCCAUAACCUUGGGCAUUUUUGGCCCGCUGCAAAUCAAUUUUGGGUCUGAGUACUGGGUGGGAAGCCCACUGUAAUUUGUGUGCCAGGUCAGCUUCUCGUCGACGACAGGCCCAUAUCUUUGUCGGCCCUUUUCGACCUCUUGCCUUCCCUUUCCUGUAAGUGUUCUGUCAGCCAAUUUCAUAGCGAAAUUAAUUGAAUAUCGAAGCACAGAAUUCAACUUGCUUUUCUUGGAUAACAGACAUGGUUUUCUUGUGCUGGGCUCGACCUUCUCCUGAACAACAGAAAUCUUGCAUUAACAAGUCAGGUACAUUCAACUAUGACACCAAAUAUAAAGGAGCUACUGCUAAGCCUGUGUCUUGCAUCAAGGAAGAUAAGGAGCUCUCCAAAGAUGGUUAUUUAGUCAAUCAUGCACGUGUUUUAGUUGGUUCUGGUCUCCAGACCUAUGAGAAAGGCAAGGCAGCUCUGCAGAAUUGGAGGCAUUUUGGAUUAAAUUGGGCAUUUGUUGAUCCCAAGACUCCGAUUCAAAAUGGGGUGAAAUUCUGUGUUUGUGUCAAGGAGUUUCUACCCUGGGUCAUGAUGCCUCUCCAAGUGGUGUAUGUAAAGGAAAGCAAAAGUGCUAAGACUAAGAAGGCUGUAGCCUCCUUUGGUUUCGGUAGUGGCACCUUACAAGGUCACCUACUGGCUGGGGAAGAACGCUUUUCUAUUGAGCUGGACGAGAAUGACCAAGUGUGGUAUGAAAUACUUUCCUUCUCAAAGCCUGCUCACUUUCUAUCAUUUAUUGGUUACCCAUAUGUUUACGUGAGGCAAAAGUAUUUUGCUCAUCAAUCUGCCAAUGCAGUUCUGAACCAUGUAUAGCAACAAUGUAUAUGGAAUCACAUAUUUUUCAUUGCUCUUUCAAUAUGAUCAUUUGUUUCUUGAAUUUUUUUAUUUGGGAGAAAGAAAAAGAGGUACUUUAGUAGUUUUAGGCGACUCAAGAAUUUGAAAGACUUUGAACUUAGGAGCUUGUAACUCCCUGAAAUCUUAAUGACUUUCUGAAGGUGUAAAAUCACUUGUCAUUGAUGGAAUAAACGAUUUUUUCCUGUUUUCUGAUA